UUGAAUAUUUCUGUGUUGUGCCCGGUUUCAAUUUGGAUAUCGAAAAGUAUGUGUAAAUGAUGUGAAAUUUCAUUGAGUUUGUUUUAAAGUGUUGAUCAAUGUCUACCGACAGUCAGAGUGCCACAACAAAUAAAAAGCUUCUGGGAUUCCCACUGAAACCAAAACAAAAUGCUCUCUUAAAUUAUCUGGUUCCAGCAUUUGGUGGAUGCAUUUUAUACAUAUUUUUGUUUGCCUCAGAUGUUGGACUAGUUCAUAAGCAUUACGAAAAUUGGCACAAGGGAUUAGCAUGGAUAUCACUGAUGUUUAUGUACCUCCCAGCCUUUGGAAGCUAUGUUAUCAUCCUUUCAUGUUUAGAUCUAUGGCCUGAGAGAAGAUUUGGCGGAAAAAAGAAUUUUUUUUGGCUUUGUCACAAAACAGUUCAGCAUCUUUUAUUUCCGGUUUGGAGUUUGUGGAGAUUUGCCGAAAGAAUAUUCUGGUCGAUUGAAGCGUUCAGAUCAGAAGAUGAAGAAUCAAGACAAUUUGCUGUCAGAAAUUCAACAAGACCACGUACUAUUGAACUGUACAUGUUCCUACAAGCUUUCCUGCAUUCACUGCCACAGAUUCUUCUUCAGUUGCAUCAGCUUAUGAGACACUCCCACACUACUGACAAAUUGACAGCACAUUCCCAAUUCAUGAGCAUAGUAUUCAACCUAACCAACUUGGCCAUUACUGUAACUUACUACCAAAGAUUCAAGACCCAGAAACUGGCAGGAGCCCAAUACCCAUGGUAUAAACCCCAUAAGUACCAGCAGAAUCCUCCUUCAGAUGAGGUUAUACUUCGAAAUAAGGCUACAGUAUUGCCAACAAGAAGCACACGAAGUACAUCUGAUGUUACCGACAAACCACAAGAAGAUUUAUACGAAAGACCAGGAAAUAGGAGAAGUAGUGACCUUUAUAUGGAACCUGACAUCAGAGGUACUUAUCUGCCUCCUUACUCCUCUAGAUUACCCUCUGUUGUCAACCAUUGGAGAAGGAUGAGUCGUUAUAGAGUAAGAACUAGCUUGUCCCAAGAGACUGAAUCAUCAUCACAACCAGAUUUCAACAUAAGGAGAGUGCUCUUCGUGAAAGGACUUCCAGAGGAUGACAUGGCAGGAAAACUGAUAGCCUUUUGUUGGUGGUGGGCAUUCCUUCUUGCCAGAAUCCUUGCAAUAUUAGCCUUUCAGUAUUUCUACCCUAUACAAGUCCUAUACAUCCUUGUAUCUCAUUUCAUCCUAACCCUAGCCAUUCUUUGUUAUGACGCCAAAUCCAACAGUUUGACCAGAUCCAAAGCGAUGUUCUUCCUUUUCGUCUGUUACAUCUACCUGUUCUGCAUAAUAGAAUUCAAGAUAAGAUUCAGGAAGGCGAAGUUUAUAUAUUACGGUUUUUUCACCUUGGUCUAUCUGGAAGACUUGGUGAUGUGCUUGGUGUGGUGGUAUGGAGACUUGGAUGGCGUGGAAACGGAAUUUUGGUUCAGAUAUAUGUUCAACAUCAUAGUGGUGUGUUCGAUUUUCAGUUUCGUUUCUAUGAUGUUCUAUAUGUGUAUCAAUAAGCCAGAAAAGGUUGUUGUAGGUCAAGUAUUAUUGUGAAGAUUUGAAAUUUUUGUUCGACUCUUGAUGCAAUUGCAGCAGUAUCUGGAGAAAUGGAAGAAAAGUUUUUCGGCAUAUAUUUUUAUAAUUAUGUUUUUACAAUGACGUUGAUUGAAAUUAAUUUUUUUCGAGUAAAGGUCCAAAACAUUAA